AUGGCGAUCAACGUCAUCACCACACCUGGUCGUCUUUCUUCAGCCAAAUCUCUAACCUUCGCUUCCACCAUUAAAGCCUUCGUUACACCUUCUCUCCCUCACCUUCUCUCACCACCAAAACCACUAACAUCUCUCAGAUUUGCUUCCUCUCCGCCUCAUCUUAACCUCUUUCGUUUCGCCGUCUCUCGCUUCCACGGUGGUCGAAUUGUGACAAUGGCUUCCUCUGCUCCUGGUUCGGUUAAUAAACCUGAAGAAGAGUGGCGUGCGAUUCUCUCUCCUGAACAAUUUAGGAUUCUCAGAGAGAAAGGCACUGAAUAUCCAGGAACAGGAGAAUACAACAAACUGUUCGACGACGGAAUCUAUUGCUGUGCAGGAUGUGGAACUCCUCUUUACAAAUCCGCCACCAAAUUCAACUCCGGUUGUGGCUGGCCAGCUUUCUUUGAUGGAAUCCCCGGUGCCAUAAACCGAACACCUGAUCCAGAUGGGAGAAGAAUCGAGAUCACGUGUGCAGCGUGUGGAGGACAUCUCGGCCAUGUUUUCAAAGGAGAAGGUUUCCCUACUCCUACCGAUGAGCGACACUGCGUGAACAGUAUCUCACUCAAGUUCACACCAGAGAAUCCAACACUGUAA